AUGAGCUCAGGUGUGGGGGUCAGCCCCGGGAACGUUCCAGUGUACUAUGGAAGCGCCAGCUUGAAGGCGGUGGACAGGAGGAUGAAGGUGGCGGAAGUGGUUCUGAGGUGGAUGAUAUGUGGUUUAGGGUUGGCCGCGGCACUCAUUAUCGGCACCGACGAUCAGGUCAGGAGGUUCUUCACCGUCGAGAAGAAAGCCAAGUUCACAGACAUGAAGGCCUUAGUGUGAGAACCGGGGAACCCUUCCUCCCGCCCCUCCAUCUCUUUAGUGUCAUCUCUCUUUUCUUUCUUCGAGUUAUAUUGUCCUAGGGUUUGUCCCGCAGGUUCUUGGUGAUAGCGAAUGGGAUAGCUUCUGGAUAUUCCCUACUUCAGGGACUGCGGUGUGGUCUGAGCAUGAUUAGAGGGAGCGCCCUGUGCAACAAGCCCUUGGCUUGGGCCAUCUUCUCAGGCGAUCAGGUAACUAUCCGUCCCGGCAGUUGGUCAACGAGAGAAGUUCUUCCUUUUUUUUCUUUUUUUUAAAAAAAGCGAGCGUGGUGAAUGAUGGGACGAUGGAUCGGAAACUCCCCCGGGCAGGUAAUGGCGUACGUGACGCUGUCAGCGGUGGCGACUUCACUCCAGUCGGCGGUGCUGGCGCAGUGGGGGCAGCCGGAGCUGCAGUGGAUGAAGAUCUGCGAUAUGUACAAGAAGUUCUGCCGACAAGUAGGCGAGGGCAUAGCCCUUGCCUUCGUGGUCAGUCUCAGCAUGGCGGCCCUAUCCUGCAUGUCCGCCUUCAACCUCUUCCGCCUCUAUGGAAAGAAUAAGGGGAGGGAGAACACCUCGUGGUGA